UCGUGAACACUGGUACACAACGGCUUGCUAAGAGACACUACUGCAGUUUUCCUAUUCUAUUUGACAGUCUGGGCGUGACUUCCAUUAUAUCUACAACCAUGGCGUCUUUCCUAUUAUUAUUAUGCUAUUAUGUAUGCACUGCCCAUCUUUUUAUCUGCGAUAAUAUCAAAGAUAUUAUUUUCCUGGGACUUUUAUUCUGGGGCAUUGAAUGCCUCUACGGCGUCUGAAUUCGGUAUGGGGGCCUCUUUGUCUUUCAGCCAGAUACUGGCUUCUUGACCUGAAAUGUUCCUCUGGUUAUGGAGCAAUCUGUUUCUUUUUACUCUCCAUAAUCAGCGCUCUGUCUCUGCGAUCUCGGAGGGCAAGAUUAACAAACCCUGGAGAUCUCUUUCAGCCGGCCGGAUAUCAUCACGUCAAGUCAGAAUGCUUAUAUAUUGCAUGUAUUCUGCUAUAUUUACAGUUUCAGGCACGAUGGGUGGUGCUGUACCUUGUAUUCUGGAGGCAUUCUCCUGUUUGUGGUACAACGAAUGGAAUGGUGUAUCAAACCCACUAUUGAAGAACUUGCUUAAUGGUGUUGGGUUCGCGUGCUUCUUUGCUGGCCCACUAGAGGUUGUAACAGAUAACUCAGUUGUUUCUGGCGAUAUGAAAGUAUUCAUGUGGCUCCUUGUUCUCGCUGGUGCAAUUAUGACAACUGUUCACGCUCAGGAUUUUCGGGAUAUUGAGGGAGAUAGAGUCUCCGGUCGAAAAACAGUGCCCCUAUUAAUCGGAGACCAAAAAGCUAGGUCUGCCCUAGUAGUGGGAAUUAUAGGUUGGACAGCGUUGUCCUGUUGGUUUUGGGAUCUGGGCUCGGCGGAACGCCCAUGGCUUUCCUGCAUCCCCGGGUGCGUUGCGGGCACUAUAGUGGUUUGGGGAUUUUACUGGAACAAAACUCGUGAGGGAGAUCGAAGGUCUACUUUAGUAAUUAUAAUGGGGAAAAGCUCUUGAUAAACCUACCUCAAAAGCAGUUUGUACUGUUGGAAUAUUUCUUACCAUGAACCCCUUUUUAUAGUUGAGUACGGAAAUAUUCA